AUGAUGGCUCUCUCAGCCUAUCUCCCACUCAGCUCUUCCUCCCAGCGCCCACACGUCGCCGCCGUCCUCGACGACAUCACAAACGCAUUCCUGAUCAGCGAGGCUGAACGCCGCGACUUGAUCUCCAAUUUAUUGAAGGACUUGGAAGAUGCUUCCAGGAACACCCGUAACGGCAGGCUUUUCCCUGAAGGCUUGCCCAGUUCAUUUUCGCCACCGCCGCAUCACGUUAACGAGCUUGUAGAUGCCCCGCGAGCCCUCCUGGCACUCAAGACGUUAGGAAAACACCCUUCAGGCUCUGCUGUUAUUGCACAGCCUGCCAAUUUAUCGACACUGCUUACGUUGUCGACUUGUACGCCGUUCAAGGACUACCCUGAGGCCUCCAAUGAAGCCCUGCGAUGUAUUGCGAACGCGAUGUUGCUCAUCGACUCCGCGAGAUCGACUUGGACGACCAAGGAAGUCGGCGGCGGCGACGCUUCCGUAAAGCUGCUCGAAAAGUCCACGUCUCCUGAUCGCCUGUUCCUCGCUUCUCGCCUUCUAUUCCUAACUACGGUAUCGUCAUUUGAUGCAGGUGCCUAUAUUUGCUCCCUGGUGGAGGAAAAACAUAUCGUGGACACAAUAGCGGCUAAACUGGAUAUCCUGAUCGCAGCAAUAUUGUCCAGUACGAAAAUGGCGAAGGAGGCCAUGGUGGACUUGCUAAAGUUCACCUUCAAUCUGCUCCUGCAUUAUCCGAAACUAGUUGAGUGCGAACCCCAGGACCUCAAGGGGAAAGGACCUGUAACAGAUAAGGACCAAAGCGAAGAGGACGAUGACAAAGUUAUGGGCGACUAUUGGAGUCCUAAGCUAGAGGGCCUCCUCCCACCCCUUCUGCGUAUCUUCAACACCCUCCCGCCGACUCAUCCGUCUCCUCUUGCAGCGCCCCUAACACAUGCCAUUCACGGACUCAUCACUAUCCCCAUAACACCCUCAUUAAAGCAAGUAUGGUUCGGGGGCGCUCCCCGAGCCCGCACGUCUAGUUCCCGAAGCUCGCGCUCGGCGAGCUUAGCGAGGUCUCAGGGCAAUCAAGGCAAUCAAUCCGCGAACGCGGCACCGUCUAGCUCUAGCAGCGGCUCGAACUCCCCAACCUCGCCCAGCUCGGUCCCGAAGCACAGCACUCUGGAACGUGCCUUUAACGCGCUGUCGGCGGGUGCGCGGUCGCUUACGCGAACGCCGUCGCCGCUGAAUUCGCCGUCGAAAUUUGACACAGUAUUGCGCGCGUAUGAUUUACUCGAUGUAUCGCUUGCGCAUUUCUUCCCGGGGAAUAUUGACCCAGACGAUCAGUCGGUCAAAGACAGGUGCACGGACGAGUGCGGGGGCGAUACAACGCUGGAUGAGCUCAUUGGCCCGCUUGUGGUGCUCGUGACACGGAUGUGUCUAGCGGACGAAAGCUGCAGGACGAGGGUGAGGAAUUUGAUUGUGCCGCCUGAUUUGGACCGCAAGUCGCCGUUGGAGUCGAGGAGCGACAUUCUGGGGCGGUGCUUGAGGCUUUUGGCGUGUGUGUACCACGAUCGGUUGAAGAGUAGUGUUGGGGAGAUGCUGUUCGCCAUGUGCGAUUCUGAUGCUACGACACUUUCUGCACUUGUUGGGUACGGUAACGUCGCUGGGUUCCUCUUCAACAAGGGAAUCAUGAACGCCCCACCUGCGAACACCUCUACGACGUCCGACUCCCCCAUCUUUGCUUCUGGCGGCGCGGAGCUCAACCCCAUCACGGGCACUGAAGUACAGAAGGUGGAAGUACCUGAGAUGACCGACGAGGAGAAGGAGCGCGAGGCUGAGAAGUUGUUUAUUCUGUUCGAUAGGUUGGAGAGGACUGGCGCCCUUCCUCCAAGUCAGAAUCCGAUCCGCAAAGCCAUUGCUGAAGGCAAAAUCCCCACGUCUUGA